AUGGAUGACGUCGAUGGUCCAGUUCCUGAGCCAGUGGAUGAUGACGAUGAGGAUGAUAACUUGCAGACUCAGCUCCUUGAGGCCAUGCAGGUCAUCGUGAAGGCUGUGUCCGCGGAUGUCCAAGUGAAAGCAGCUGCGACAAAAGCAGGGCGCUUCGUUGUGACGAAGGGCAAGAUGCCGUCUCAAGAAGCGCUCGCUGCCAAUCGAGGCAUCCUAUGCCACAUCGUGCUGCCAGCUUUCAAGCACAAGGACAUCAAACGUGUUCCCAACUUGUAUCGCAUCCUGACGCGAGUUCUCAAGAAGUGGAGAGCCACCGGCUUCGGCGACAAGAAGCUCCGCGAGGACAGCAGAGACCUGAAGCUCAUGUUGACGUACCAUUAUCGAUUGGCACUCCGCUGUAAAGAGCAUGCUUGUCCGCACGUCCAGAUGCUCACCGACUUGCUGCCUUUAAAACGGCCUUUGGCCCGGGGAGAGCUACAAGAUCAGAGGAGAACGGUAUGGGUCACCGAUCUGCAGGCUGAAGCCGUCGAGGAGUUUUGA